ACAGACGCGGUGCGGGGAGGGUGUACUGUCGUGACAUCAUCCUGUCCUCCGUCUUCCUCUCACCGAUCAUCUUCUUCUUCAUCAUCAUCGUCAUCGCCAUCGUUAACGCCAUCUUCGCGGUCUGCCACGCGCUGCUUUAUCCUCCUGCGCGCGUGUCCCGAUCAUCCUCAUAUCAUCUCCAUCAUGUCCGCCAACAAGCAGGAGGACCGCAAAGGCGCGAGCAACUGGCGGGAAUUCUUCUGGAACCCGCGAACUCACGAGGUGAUGGGUCGGACUGCGUCCAGCUGGGGUCUGAUCCUGCUCUUCUACCUGGUCUUCUACCUGUUUUUGGCUGGGAUGUUUGCUCUCACCAUGUACACCAUGCUGCUGACGCUGGACGACUACAAACCCACCUGGCAGGACCGCCUGACCACCCCAGGGAUGAUGAUUCGUCCCAAGGGGGAUCAACUGGAGAUAACUUUCUCCCCGUCAGACGUGCAAAGCUGGAAUGGCUUUGUGCAAAAUCUGGAUGGGUUUUUGUCUCCGUACAAUGACAGCCAGCAGGUUCAGAUGAACGACAACUGCCUUCCGGAUAAAUACUUCAUCCAAGAGGAUAGCGGAGAGGUGAAGAACAAUCCAAAGCGUUCCUGUCAGUUUAAUAGAACAAUGUUGGAGGACUGUUCUGGGAAGACUGAUCGUUUGUAUGGUUACAGCCAAGGUCAGCCCUGUGUGCUCAUUAAGCUUAACCGGGUGAUCGGAAUGUUUCCAGGAAAGGAUGGACAAUCUCCCUUUGUCACCUGUGGAGCCAAAUUAUACAAAGUGGGGAAAGAUGAGUUGAGCUUCAGUCGUUCAACAGUCCAGGGUCUCCGCUGUCGUAUUUUACGCUUCAUAAUGCGCCACACAUUUUCGAUGGGAGACAGGUCUGGACUGCAGGCGGGCCAGAUGGAGGACAGCGAUAAGAUCGGACCUCUUGCUUAUUUUCCUUCAAAUGCAUCUUUCAACCUCAUGUACUACCCUUAUUAUGGCAAAAAAGCUCAGGUGAACUACACUCAGCCGCUGGUCGCUGUCAAGUUCUUGAACGCCUCUCUUAACACUGACAUCAACGUUGAGUGUAAAGUCAACUCCAACACCCUCGCCGCUGGCAGCGAGAGGGACAAAUUUGCUGGCCGCGUGUCCUUCAAGCUACGAAUCAACAAGUAGAGAAGCAACGUGACCAUGACGUCGAUCACAGCAACUCUCUUCGUCUCUGCAACUGAUCUUUAAUUGUCGCUGUUCUUCAUCUUGGAUUGUGCUUGUUUGAAAAACAAAACAAAAAAAAAAACCUAACAAUUUUUUCUAUACAAGCUGACCAAUCAAAAUCCCUCACAGUUUAAUGCCACACACCCAGCAGCCAAUGCAAUCAAGCACUUAAUUUGUUGAUUUGUAUAUUUAUUUAUUCAUGUAUUUAUUGAUUGAUUCGAUGUAUCACACUGAGUCAAUCAUUGUAGACUGCACAGUCGUUGUUUACAUAUCCUGGAAGCUCAGCCAAAUGUUGCAUUAUUUAGUACACAAAUCUAUGGUCUUGUGUUGGAUCAUUAAAAAAAAAGAAAUCUGGAUAUGUUUCAAUACAAUGAUAGAAGCAGCCACAACCACCCAGGUGUCACAACAGUACUUUUUAUUGUGUUUCCUCUUGUUACAUGUAUUGUGUUGUCGUUGCAGCAGUCUUUUCAUAAAAUAAUUGAGCAGUCUUGUAAUUACUUAAUUCAUGAUGAAUUGGCUCAGCCUGUGGAUUUGAGUGUUCUUGCCCAUGUGAGACACGCACACGCACACCCACAUGCACACAUAACUCACCUUUGUUAAUGUACAGCCAAUCAGAUGUAUGAUGUCAUGUGACUUGAUUUCUCCCUGCUAUUAUUCCCACACGACCACGUGAUUAAAAACACAAAUGACUUUG